GUCAUCAAAUCCAGACUUUUGCGGCCCUUUCAUCCAAUUCCUAGGACCGAGAGCUUCGACUAACACUAUAUCUUCAAUCAAUUCAAUGGUUACAGGCCAAGCUUUUCAAAAACACGUUGGCGAGAUGGAAGAGCAGUCGGAAUACGAUGAGUUUGAGUCUACUGAUGACUCCGACGAUGAUCCCUCUUUCGACAUCAUGGAGGAAAUCCGGUCGGCCAUUUCCAAGCUCUCUAUCCAAAAGCCUAGAGCCAGGAGAUCUAAAAUUGUUCAUGACAACUUGGAGAGCGAAUCCGAGAGAGAAGCUGUGGGGGGUGAGAUCCCCAAGCUGGAUAAGAAGGAUGAAAAAUCCUUUGAGAAGGUUGAAGAACUUAUUAAAGAAGGUGGCCAUUUAGAGAAACUUACACUUGAUCAGUGCAAGGUCUACUUGAGAAAGCAUGGUUUGAGAUUAACAGGCAACAAAGCUGUCCUAAUUUCCAGAAUUAGAGAACACCGAGAGAUCAUUAAUGGCUGUGGGGAGACAAAAUACCCAGCCGAAAGCUUUGUGCUUAACUGCAAAGGUGAUGCUUGCCUGGGAGAUGUGGUCAUAUUUGAACAGAAUGUAUAUGACAUGUUCAGCAUUGCAUCCAGGAGUGCUACAGGUCCACCAUGUGGCACCAGGACAGUUGCCGGUCGUAUUGUAAAGGAGAGUUAUGGUUUUGCGAAGCAGCAACACACGUUCACUAUUGAAGUUCUAUGGAGCAAAGGAGUAAAACCAUUGCAACCUCUUCAUCAGCUUUUGAUCAAAGGAAGAAAUCUUUAUAGAAUUAAGACAAUGAGACAGAGGUGGGUUGAUGAAGGGGAAAGACUAAAAGUUUUGCAAGAGAAGCAUGGGAGAGGCUCGCAUGCACGAUAUUCGAGAGAGAUAAGGAUCAAAGAGAAGGAAAAAAGAAUGAAGGGAAUAGUGAUCAAAAGGGAUAGAUUUCAUCAAAAGAAUAAAUUGACUGGCAAUCACAAUCCAGCAAAUAAAGAAAAUCAGCAACCACAGAACGAACAUGAAGAUGAACAGAAGGUGAAAUCAGAUGCUGCAAGUUCUUCCACCACUCAGCAAAAAGGUGGCGUCCUGAUUCCUCAAAAACUUCCCCAGAGCAUUUUGGGGAAGCCUGAAACGACCAUCUUCUCUGCUCAAGCAAGCACCCAGAGAUCGUGGAAGCACGAAAAAGCCAAAUUCUCUGCUCAAGCAAGCACCCAGAAACCUCAAAAUCAACAAAAUUUUCAGUAUAUGAACCACAGAUGUCGCGAGCACCCUCGUCCGGUGAAUCACCAGGGUUUUCAAGCCUCUCAAUCAACGAAUUCAGCACAUGUUAGACCUCAUCAUGUUUAUCAACACCAUUACAAGGGAAAACAGCAUGAGUACAUGCAUGGUGGUCAUCGCCAACAUAAGAAUUAUUCUCAUCAUGUGAACAACAAUGCAUGCGCGAAUCGUUUCGUUUAUGUUCCAUUGCAGCAGCAGUAUCAAGAAUAUGAGAGACGACCGCCGCCAUGCCACUAUUUCAGCCAAGGCCAGUGAUGGUUGGCAGGUUGCUCAAAUCUACUUCCUAUU